GAGCUUUGGCCGUUUCCUCUCUCUCUCUCUCUCUCUCUCUCUCUCAGUCACACUUCUCAAUCUGCUUCUCCUCCGCCGUUUCUCUGGAAAAUUAAUUUCACAUUCAACAAUUAACCCCCAAAAGGCAAAACCCCCUUUCUAUCUCUCUCUCCUCCUCCUCCUCCGUUCUCUUUCUUCUCCAUCUUUCACUCUCUGUGCCUCUGGCGCCAUUGUUAUCCUUCUUCAAGCUCGUUUCUUUGGACUGCCCAGCUGAAACUAAAAAGGAAUGGGCUGCGCCCAGUCCAAGGUGGACAACGAGGAAUCAGUGACGAGAUGCAAGGAGCGGAAAAUCCUGAUGAAGGAGGCGGUGGCGGCGAGGAACGCCUUCGCCGCCGCUCACUCCGGCUACGCCGUGUCCCUGAAGAACACCGGCGCCGCUCUCAACGACUACGCCCACGGGGAAGCGGACCCAUCUCAGGCCGCCAAUCUAGAGCAGCAGGCUCCGCUAGAUGCAGGGUCGGAGCAGCCGCCAUUGCCGCCGCCGCCUCCUCCGAUUGACAAUCUCCCGCCGCCUCCGCCUCCUCUGCCGAGCUUCUCCCCUAGCCCUGGCCCUCCAAUCAAGCGCGCAAUCAGCAUGCCCGCGAUUUCGCUGAAGCAGAGGGGCCGGCGAGAUUUGGACUCCGUCGCUAUUGCUGAAGAAGACGAAGAGGAGGAGGAGGAGGAGGAGGAGGAAGAAGAGGAAUUGGAUCACGGGAUUCGAAACGGGAAUAGAGGAAAUAAGAACAGAGAUGCACCGCCACCACCGCCGUCGGGAAAUCACCAGGUGCCGCCGAUGCCGGAGGCGAAGGGCAUGGCUUGGGAUUACUUCUUCAUGGUGGACAGUAUGCCCGGCCCGACCCUUGAUCCCGAAGACAACUAUGAGGAAGACGAUGGGGAGGCAGAGAGACAGAACGCGAAUGGUAAUUUUGGGGGAAAUGUGGACGAUGACGAUGAGCCCAGGACGCCGGAGAUAACUCCGGGGAAGGCGAAGGCCGUCCCGAGGGAGGAAGAGGAAGGAGAUGCUACAAGAGGGAAGCAGAUUGAGCAUUCUAAAACGGCUCCGCCGGAGUUCAUGAGAGUUGGGAAGAAGGCUGCUGCCGGGAGUGUGGAUUUGAUGCAGGUCUUAGGUCAGAUCGAUGAUCAUUUCCUUAGGGCUUCAGAGAGCACUCAGGAGGUCUGCAAGAUGCUCGAAGCGACUCGACUCCAUUACCAUUCCAAUUUUGCUGACAAUAGAGGGCACAUUGAUCAUUCUGCCAGGGUUAUGCGUGUGAUUACGUGGAAUAAUAAGUCGUUUAAAGGUGUAAGCAGCGGUGGAGAAGGAGGGAAUGAUGAAUUCGAUUCAGACGAUUACGAAACCCAUGCCACUGUUCUGGACAAGUUGAUGGCAUGGGAGAAGAAACUCUAUGAUGAAGUCAAGCAAGGUGAGCUGAUGAAGCUCGAGUACAAAAGGAAGGUGGCAUUGCUCAACAAGCAGAAGAAACGCGGUGCGAGUGCUGAAUCCUUGGAGAAGACUAAAGCUGCUGUGAGCCAUUUGCACACGAGAUAUAUAGUUGACAUGCAGUCCAUGGACUCGACUGUCUCGGAAGUUAAUCAUAUACGCGAUCAGCAGUUGUAUCCUAAGCUGGUUGCUCUUGUCGAAGGGAUGUCGAAGAUGUGGGGAAGCAUGUCAAUCCACCACGAUAGCCAGCUGAAGAUCGUAACAGACCUCAAAUCGCUUGAUAUAGCCCACGCCAUCCGAGAAACAACGAGGCAGCAUCAUGAACAAACCGCACAAUUGUGUGAUGUUGUCGAGAAAUGGCAUGACCAAUUCAAUCAUCUCGUCACGCAUCAGAAGCAAUACAUAAGCUGUCUCAACAGCUGGCUAAAGCUGAACCUCAUCCCCAUAGAGAGCAGCCUGAAGGAGAAGAUAUCGUCACCACCUCGAGUCCAGACCCCGCCCAUCCAACCUUUGCUCCACGCGUGGCACGACCACCUCGAGAAGCUCCCCGACGAGAUCUCGAAAUCCGCCAUCUCAUCGUUCGCAGCAGUGAUCACGACCAUCAAGCUCCACCAGGAGGAAGAGAUGAAGCUGAAGGAGAAGUGCGAAGAAACUCGCAGGGAGUACAUACGAAAGAGGCAGGCGUUCGAGGAUUGGCACCAGAAGUACGUCAUGAAGAGAGCCCCGACGCCUUUGGAGGACGAAAAUGGUGGUGGUGAUCGAACCGGAGACCCGGUGGCGGAGAGGCUGUUUGCUGUGGAGACCCUGCAGAAGAGGCUGGAGGAGGAAGUGGAAGCUCACCAGAGGCAUUGCCUUCAGGUGAGGGAGAAGUCGCUGGGCAGCCUUAAGAUCCGCCUGCCCGAGCUGUUUCGUGCCAUGUCGGACUAUUCUCAUGCGUGUUUUGAUUCGUACGAGAGGCUGCGGUCGAUCGUUCAGCGGCAGCAGAAUGGUGGUGGUGGUGUUCGUGGGGCGUCGUGACACAAUGUGAGGGUCUGUUGCGUGUUUAAGGGGUAAAUUAUGGAUGGAAACUAGGGAAGUGUUAAAUGUGUAGUUAGAAAUACGCUGCUUGCUUUGCAAGGUAGCAGUGUCCUCUCCUGUGAAACUCAGCAGGGGAUUUUGGUAGUGAGUAGUGAGUCAUUUUUGGUUUUCUUUGCUUUGUUUUCUGCGACUCCAUCUAACUGUUUAUCUUAAUAUAGAGCUAUAUAAUGUUAAACCAUUCGAUUCGUUGUCUGACGGAUGAUUUGACUUCGCUUCCCAGUUCCCACAGCUUUUCCUUCCCACCCUGCAACGUUCGCAUUGCAGGAUCGUAUCUACUGGUUGUAUCGAUUGUUUUAUCAUUAUGGUUUUACCACAGUUUUGGUGUAGA